AUGGGGGUGAAGAGGAGCCUUCAGACCGGGGGCACUUUGCUCAGCCUCUUGACCAGUGUCCUUACAGUGCUGUGCACUGCCACCAACUACUGGAUCAGACAUCAGGGAGGCCACAGUGGCCUGUGGCAGGAGUGCACCCACAACAUCUGCUCCAACAUCCCCUACCAGACCACCUUGGCGGUGACCGCGGCGUGCAUGGUGCUGGCUGCGGCAUUCAGCAUCUUAGCAUUGGGGAUGGGGUUGCGGAUUCGGUGCCAGGAGGACGAGUCGCUGCGGGGCAAGACUACCAUCAUCCUACUCUUCCUCACGGGGCUGCUGCUAUUGAUUGCGUUGAUUGGCUACACUGCGAAGAACGCGUGGAGGCACGAAAUCUUCUUCUCCUGGUCCUACUUCUUCGGAUGGCUGGCUUUACCCCUCUCGAUUCUCGCGGGUUUCUGCUUUCUGCUGGCGGACAUGAUCCUGCAGGGCACCGAGGCCAUCAGCGGGUUUCCAGUGUGCCUGUGACUGCUGCCUGCCGAGGGCAGAAUAAAGAACUUUCAGCGCCGGCUCGCGUGCUUUUCUGGGGACACAGGACGGCUCCUGGAGGCCGCGGACACGGCCACUUGGGGAGGUCGUGAAAGGGGGACUUGGAGGGAAAAUGCA